GCGCCGACUGGGAUUACUGACGAGAAGCCUGCGCGAAGCAAGCUGAAGGUUGCUCUCAUCAUGUUUGCGCUAGGUUUGGCAGUCUUUCUCGCAGCAAUCGACAUUACAAUCAUUACGACCGCCCUACCGACCAUCUCAGAGCACUUCCACUCCUCUGCCGGUUACACUUGGAUAGGAUCCUCAUAUCUACUCGCCAGUGCAGCAUCGACGCCCAUAUGGGGCAAGAUUUCCGAUAUAUGGGGACGCAAACCCAUUCUCCUCAUCGCAAACAUAGUUUUCUUCAUUGGAUCCUUGAUUGCAGGCCUCUCAAUAAAUAUCGGCAUGUUGAUCGCUGCACGAGCUAUUCAAGGAAUAGGUGGAGGCGGCCUCAUCGUCUUGGUCAAUAUUUGCAUAAGUGAUCUCUUUAGUAUGCGCGACCGCGGCGCAUACUUCGGAAUAAUAGGAGGAGUGUGGGCGGUUGCGUCCAGUCUAGGUCCCAUCGUGGGUGGUGCUUUCACGGAAAAGGUUUCCUGGAGAUGGUGCUUUUACAUCAACCUACCCGUCGACGGAGUUGCUCUUAUCAUCAUUUUCCUAAUUUUGGACCUCCACACCCCCAGGACGCCACUCUGGGAAGGUCUCAAGGCUAUCGACUGGCUCGGAUCACUUUCCAUGGUUGGCGGAACACUCAUGUUCCUAUUCGGGCUUGAAUUCGGUGGAAUAAGCUUCCCCUGGAGCUCCGCUACAGUUAUCUGCCUCCUCGUCUUCGGAGUCCUGACCGUAGCUCUUUUCUUCCUCAUCCAAGCGAGAAUUGCACCCUACCCAAUCAUGCCACUCCCCAUUUUCUCCGCUCGGUCCAACAUGGCCGCCCUCGGCGUCUGUUUUUUCCACGCCUUCGUCUUCAUUUCAGGCUCCUACUACCUCCCCCUCUACUUCCAAGCCGUGCUAGGCGCGACCCCCCUCCUCUCCGGCGUGUACCUCCUCCCAACAGCCCUCGCCCUCUCCUUCAGCUCCAUCAUCACUGGCCUCUCCAUCAAAAAAACCGGCAAAUACCUCCCCCCCAUCUGGGCCGGCUUCUGCUUCAUGACCCUCGGCUUCGGCCUCUUCAUCGACCUAGCUCCCGGCUCCUCAUGGGCCAAAAUCAUCAUCUACCAGAUCAUCGCCGGCAUCGGCGUCGGCCCCAAUUUCCAAGCCCCCCUGAUUGCGCUGCAGUCCCUCGUCGCGCCGCGCGACAUCGCCACGGCUACGGCGACGUUCGGCUUCGUCCGCUCCCUAGGCACGGCCAUAUCCGUCGUCAUCGGCAACGUCGUCUUCCAGAACGAGAUGAAGAAGCGCGCCGGAACGCUCUCGAAAUCCCUGAAUCCGGGCAUCGCUAAGGCGCUCAGCGGCGGCCAGGCGGGCGCGAACGUCGCGAUCAUUGAUGCGCUGCCGGGAGCACAGCGUGAGGUGGCUAGGAAAGCGUUUGCGGACUCGCUCAGCACCAUGUGGAUCAUGUAUGUCGUAUUCGCGGCUGUGGGCCUGCUAGUCGCGUUCGCGAUUGGGAAGAAUGUGCUCAGUCGACAGCAUGUGGAGACGAAGACGGGGAUGGAGGGGGAGAAGGAGCGGAGGAGGGAGAGGGAGAAUGAGAAGGUGAGGAAGAGGGAAAAGAAGGCG